AUGAAAGUCUUCUUAUGGUCCAUGGUGCAAAGAGCUCUCCCUUUGGGGGAAAACCUACAGCGAAGAGGAAUCACAUCCGAUGUAUCGUGCCCACACUGCAAGGAGACGGAAACAUCAAUCCAUACCUUCUUCUUAUGCCCUUUCGCUCAAAAGGUUUGGGAAAAGAUCCCCCUGCAUCAUACAUUUCACAUAGCUGCAGACGACACCAUUGAAACCAUCCUGUUCAAGUUCCGUAACACGAUAUGCCUACCACCCUCAGGAUUCUCUUCUCCUAUAUUCCCCUGGACCUGUUGGACCAUAUGGACAACAAGAAACAAGUUAAUCUUCGAGAAUCUAUCCUCUAGCCCUGAAGAGAUAGUCGCAAAAAUCAUAACUUUGGCAAGAGAGUGGAGUAUGGCUCAAGCGAAGGACCCAAAGCAGAACUCCAUGUUUCCUGGACAAACAACACGACAAAGACAAGAAUCUCCGAGGUAUCGACCACUCCCCCCCGAUACGAUCACUUGCAAGACAGACGCAUCGUGGGACAAAACAACAAGGAGAGCAGGACUAGCUUGGAUCUGUACAGGAAACGAAGGGAACACCAUGCAACAAGGCACCGAGUUACAAGAAUCCGUCGCUUCACCCCUCGUGGCUGAGGCUCUCGCUGUUAGAUCAGCAAUCAUCGCAGCAACAUCAAAGGAGAUCAAAAACCUUCGAGUGUUGUCUGACUCUUCAACACUCAUCAGAGCUAUCACCACCAAUCGACAGGAAAAGGAAAUCUUUGGAAUCGUCUUCGACAUCCAACAGAUCUCUUCUGUCUUUCAAUCUAUCUCUUUCGAUUAUCUACCUAGGGCUCAAAAUUUGCAAGCCGAUCGCUUAGCAAAAGAAACUCUUCGUUCUUCCUUUUCUGCAUGUAUCGGGCCUCUAGUGGGCUAA